AUGUCUGGGAUCAAACGCAAAGCCGAGCUCAUUGCAGAGGACAUCCAGGACUGUAUAGUCGUGGCCACCUCUACCCUCUACCCCGCCGGAUCCUCGACAACCAACGGAAAGACCUCGAGACCCUCCACGCGCCGCGCAGUUUCCUCGGAUGAUUUCAAGACAAAAAUUUCAGUUCAGGGAAUUCUCCUGAAGCGCCACUUCACCCGGGCAUCCCUCAAGGCGCCGGGUAUCGCCACCAAGGAGUCGACAAGGUGGUGCUUGAAGCAACCCCAAAACACCGACAAGAGCCCCCGCGAGGCACAUGAUUUCUCGCUCCUGAAUUAUGAGAAAGAGAACCUCUUCGUCCAGAAUGCUGUCAGCGACAAUAAUGACGACGGCACCGAUGACGAGGAUAGGGGUUCCGUUUCCAUGAACCCCAGCUCGGACCAUGACAACGGCACCGCGAUGGCUCUCCCCGCCUCAAGUCCCCUCAACAACGUCCCGGUAUCCGCGCAGAGCUCUAGACACCGGCCGAAGACGGACUCGACCGGACGUCUCGUGCCUAAGGUGCUGUCGUCCUAUAUGCGUUCUGACGGGAAGAUGGUGCUUCGGUUGAACAUGGACGAGGUCAAUCGGCUCAAGGCCGACGCGUUAUGGUGUUAG